CCAUUCCAACCCGUCAGCUUCUGCUGUUGACGCGACGUGUCCCGUCUCCAUCUCCGUCUCACUACACCCCCCACUCGACGGCCAUCAUGGUGCGGUUACCGUUGCCACAACGGCUCAGUACUCAUUUAACUUCACGGAGUAAUACUCCUACUCCCGGACAAAGCAGAAGUACCAGUCCCAUGAGGGUACCAGACGCCAAGCCGCUGGUCCUAAAGGUGGUUGUCUUACGGGGGAGGUGUCUUGCUGCCAAAGAUCGAAAUGGAACGAGCGACCCAUACCUAGUUGUCACACUCGGAGAUGCACGACAAUCGACACCUACGAUUCCGAAGACCCUGAACCCUGAAUGGAACGUGACUUUUGAAAUGCCAAUCGUCGGUGUGCCAUUGCUCGAGUGUAUCUGUUGGGAUCACGAUCGGUUCGGGAAGGAUUAUAUGGGCGAGUUUGACAUUCCUCUGGAAGAAAUAUUCGCCGAAGGCCAGAUACAUCAGCAGGCUGAUGAAGCGCAUAAGUCCAAAUGGUAUACCCUUACAUCGAAGCGGAAAUCGGGAAAGAAGAAGGACAGCAACAUUUCAGGAGAGAUUCUACUUCAAUUCUCACUCGUCGAUACUGCAAAUCCAACAGCCCCUCCGAGCGAGACAUAUCAGAAGUUCAAGACACUGAUCGGCUGUGGGGAGGAAGACGAUGAUUAUCCGCAAAUUCCUGCGACCAUAUCAGAUGAAGCCGAAAGAUCCGAAGACAUAUCCGAUGAGGCCGAUGACUUGGGAAGACCCGAAGUUAACGAGAAGCGCCGGAGAAGGCUACGUCUCGCGCGACUCAGGCGGAAGUCGCUGGCAGCGAGGGCGUAUCAGUUCUCUGGUGCCGGCAAUGGCGUACAGGGUAUCGUGUUCAUGGAGAUUGUCAAGGUGACCGAUCUCCCACCGGAACGCAAUGUGACACGAACUUCCUUUGAUAUGGACCCGUUUGUUGUGACUUCGCUGGGAAGAAAGACGCUUCGGACUCCGGUCGUGCGCCACAAUCUCAACCCAAUAUACCACGAAAAAAUGGUCUUCCAAGUUAUGAAGCAUGAACAGUCUUAUACCAUUAGUUUUACAGUCAUGGACCGAGACAAGUUCUCUGGGAACGACUUCGUUGCCUCGGCUAGUUUUCCCCUUCAAACAUUGAUUCACGCUGCUCCCGAAUCAGACCCGGAGACUGGACUCUAUAAGUUCCUGGACACCGCGCUUGAUCCUACAGGGUCCACCGAGUCUCUCUCCAAUAACAAAGCUGGAAUCAAGAUCGGGAUUAGCCCAUCCCCAUCGACUAGCAGCCUAUCAAAACUGUCAAGGCCAGGCCUGGUCAGGUCAAGAAGCUCUACAGCUUCCUUGUCGAACCAAGCCACGCAGGAGCAGUCGACACUACCACCACCAUCAGCCCCGAAAUCUAUCCCGACAUCAGUUCCAUCAUCACUCCCAGAGGAGGGUAGUAGUAGCUACUUGUCAACAACGCCAACAUCAGUCCAGAACGAGGGCAGCGUGAUUGCCCCUCUUGAAGCAGAGGGCCUGGAGACAUAUCGGAUUCCGCUGCUGAUGAAGCAUAAAGAAAGAUGGGAGGACAAGCACUCUCCGGAGCUAUUCAUCAAGGCUAAAUACAUGCCCUACCGGGCACUGCGGCAGCAAUUUUGGAGACUAAUGCUCAAACAAUAUGACGCUGAUGACAGCGGCCGCAUUGACAAAGUCGAGCUAACUACAAUGCUCGAUACCCUUGGUUCCACACUGAAGGAAUCAACUAUUGACAGCUUCUUCGAGCGAUUUAGUGCGGAAAAUGAGGCUAGUGAGACAAUGGAUUUGACUUUUGACCAAGCUGUAAUCUGCUUAGAAGAUACCCUGCAGGCACUGCAGAAAGAUUCCAGGACAACUGGCAGGGGGCUCACUCCAACGCCAUCCACAGGCAGUCAAGACAGCGAGGAGCCAUCCAGCGACGACAAUGAUCUUUCCCUCGAAUCAAGCACAGGCAUGCCGGUCAAUGCUGACCCUCAGAGAACAGCCAUUCCCACACUACCCACUGAAGAGCAGUUAAUGACGAACGAGGAAGACCUUCAGCCCGAUGACUUGGGCGAUGAACGUGGUGAAGAGCAUGUCAUUGAACUCCGUGAAUGUCCCCUUUGUCAUCAACCACGGCUCUCAAAACGCUCAGAUGCCGAUAUCAUCACACACAUCGCUACCUGUGCUAGUCGAGACUGGAGACAAGUCGACAACCUCGUGAUGGGUGGCUUCGUGACCUCAAGUCAAGCGCAGCGCAAAUGGUAUUCUAAGGUGAUUACAAAGAUCUCGUAUGGAGGCUACAAGCUGGGUGCCAAUUCCGCGAAUAUUCUUGUUCAAGAUCGAAUUACGGGACAAAUCAAUGAGGAGCGGAUGAGCGUCUAUGUUCGUCUUGGUAUCCGGCUGCUGUAUAAGGGGCUGAAGAGUCGAGAGAUGGAAAAAAGAGAAGUAUGCUCACUCCAAUUAACUAUCCGGAAGUCCCGGAUGAAGCUGACCAUUCCUGCAGUUCGCAAAAUCCUCAAGUCGCUUAGUAUCAAACAAGGCAAGAAAUAUGAUGACCCCGCUUCCGCAAGUCAAAUUGAAGACUUCAUCAGCUUCCACCAACUCGACUUGUCCGAGGUUCUUCUUCCUCUAGAGAAGUUUAAGACUUUCAAUGAAUUCUUCUAUCGCGAACUGAAGCCAGGCGCUCGACCUUGCUCGGCUCCGGACGAGCCCCGAAUUGUUGUGUCCCCAGCUGAUUGCCGAUCAGUUGUUUUCGACCGUCUUGACGAAGCAACUAGUGUUUGGGUCAAAGGAAGGGAGUUCAGCAUUGAGAGACUCCUCGGUGAUGCUUACCCAGAGGACGCCCACCGCUACAAGAACGGGGGUUUAGGAGUGUUCCGUCUUGCACCCCAAGAUUAUCACCGUUUCCAUAUUCCCGUGGAUGGCGUCAUGGGAACGCCCAAAACCAUUGAAGGUGAAUAUUACACGGUGAACCCGAUGGCCAUCCGCUCCGCACUAGAUGUCUACGGAGAGAAUGUUAGAGUCCUUGUCCCCAUCGAUUCGGUUGCGCAUGGUCGUGUCAUGGUAGUCUGUGUUGGAGCCAUGAUGGUCGGAAGUACAGUCAUCACACGUCAGGCUGGAGAGAAAGUCGCUCGAGGCGAAGAGCUGGGAUACUUCAAGUUCGGUGGAAGUACCCUCCUGCUUCUCUUCGAAGAAGGAGUGGUAAAUUUUGACAGCGACCUGGUGGAUAAUUCGAAGGGCCCUCUCGAGACCCUGAUUCGUGUGGGCAUGUCUGUGGGCCACCGUCCUGAUAUUCCUCAAUUCGAACCUGACCUGCCGAAGAAGGCAGAAAACGUCACUGUAGAGGAGAUGCAGGCUGCCAAGCGCCGAAUCGAAGGAAGCUUGGCUCCACCAACCGAUGCGUCUGAGUUUGCAUGA